AUGUGUGACGAAGAUCUGCUAUAUGAGAUGCAACUUCGCAGGCAUACAGAAGAGUGCGUCCCUACUGUCCAGUGCGUCCCUACUCUCCAGUGCGUCCCUACUCUCCAUGCGUCCCUACUCUCCAGUGCGUCCCUACUCUCCAGUGCGUCCCUACUCUCUAGUGCGUCCCUACUCUCUAGUGAGUCCCUACUCUCUGGUGCUUCCCUACUAUCCAGUGCGUCCCUACUCUCUGGUGCAUCCUUACUGUCCAGUGCGUCCCUACUCUCCAGUGCGUCCCUACUCUCUGGUGCGUCCCUACUCUCCAGUGCGUCCCUACUCUCCAGUGCGUCCCUGCUCUCUAGUGAGUCCCUACUCUCUGGUGCGUCCUUACUGUCCAGUGCGUCCCUCCUGUCCAGUGCGUCCCUACUCUCUAGUGCGUCCCUACUCGCCACCUCCUGCGGGAUCGUAGAAAAUCUACAGGCUCUAAUCCUAAGCCUUCUAUGCAAUUGUGAUGGCCUAGAAGUUUUAAAUCUCGGGAAGUACCACGUUUCCCUGUUGGUCCUAGACUAA